AUGCAACAUCAUUCGGAGAAGACGAUGAAGCAACCUAUUUGCCCUAAGCCACGUCGUGUGUGUUCUUCUCUUCCGGACUUUCUCAAACCUCUCUCAUGUUCCUUACACUCCACCACCUGCCAACAAAGUUCAGAAGAAAUAAGCGGCGUUCUCAACAUAAUGGACAAGAUGCAGCCAAUAGAAGGUGGAACGAGAGAGUCAAUGUGGUACGCAGGAUCUCCACCUAGAAGAACCGGGAAUCCUCUUGUACAUGACCUUCACUUCAUUCACUGCCUCGACCUCCUUCCCAAUUUCUCAAGAACCAAGGCUUGA